UCGCACCACCAGAUGGUCCCGCCCCGCUCCCACUACCUCAGCUGCCACUUCUGCUGCCACCCCCAUUAUCGCCUCUGUGAUCCUCUCCCGCCCGGGGCAUGCUCGCUGCUCUUGCGCCGGGCCUUGUCUGCUUCGAGCUACACUACCCGCCCGCGGAGACAUGAGCCUCAGCCCGCGGGCUGCACUGGCCCUGGGGCUGCUGCGCCUCUGCCUGGCCCAAGCCAACUUCGCCCCCCACUUCUUCGACAACGGGGUUGGCAGCACUAAUGGCAACAUGGCCCUAUUCAGCCUCCCGGAGGACACUCCUGUUGGAUCUCAUGUGUACACCCUAAAUGGGACAGACCCAGAGGGAGACCCUGUCUCCUACCACAUCAGCUUUGACCCCAGUGCUAGAAGUGUCUUUUCCAUUGACCCCAAUUUUGGAAACAUCACCCUGGUUGAAGAGCUGGACAGAGAGAGGGAGGGUGAGAUUGAAGCUGUCAUUAGCAUUUCUGAUGGCCUGAAUCUGGUAGCAGAAAAAGUCACGAUUCUGGUGACUGAUGCCAACGACGAGGUGCCAAGGUUUAUUCAGGAGCCUUACAUUGUCCAGGUUCCCGAGUUCCCUGAGCAUUCUGUCAGUGCCACAGGACUCACCCCUGUGGCUAUGACCACUCAGGAUACACCUGCUGGGAGCAGUAUCUUUAAGGUUCAUGCCAUGGACAAGGACACAGGCUCUGGAGGGAGUGUCACCUACUUCCUACAGAAUAUUCAGUCCACCAAAUUUGCCAUGGAUCAUCACAGUGGUGUGCUGCGUCUCCGGGCAGAGACCACCCUGGACUACGAGAAGGCCCAGGCCCAUUUCGUCAUUGUGGUUGCCAAGGAUGGCGGAGGGAGGCUGCGAGGGGCUGAUGUGGUAUUUUCGGCCACCACCACAGUCACAGUCUACGUGGAAGACGUGCAGGACAUGGCCCCUGUCUUUGUGGGCACACCCUACUAUGGCUAUGUGUAUGAGGACACCGUUCCGGGCUCGGAGGUACUGACAGUUGUCGCCAUGGAUGGAGAUCGGGGCAAACCCAACCACAUUCUCUAUAGUCUCCUGAAUGGGAGUGAUGGGGCCUUUGAAAUUAAUGAGACUUCUGGAGCCAUCUUGGUCACACAGAGCCCUGCCCAACUCCGAAGAGAGGUGUACGAGCUACAUGUACAGGUGACUGAGGCCAGCUCUGCAGGGAGCCCAGCUGUCCAGGCCAUGGUCCCUGUCACCAUCAGGAUCGUGGACCUCAACAACCACCCACCAACAUUCUAUGGAGAGAGUGGACCCCAGAACAGAUUCGAGCUGUCCAUGUAUGAGCACCCCCCUCAGGGGGAGAUCCUUCGGGGCCUGAAGAUCACCGUCAAUGACUCAGACCAGGGAGCCAAUGCUAAAUUCAACCUGCGCAUGGUGGGACCCGGGGGCAUCUUCCGAGUGGUCCCACAGACAGUCCUGAAUGAGGCCCAAGUCACAAUCAUUGUGGAGAAUUCAGCUGCCAUUGAUUUUGAAAAGUUCAAAUUGUUAACCUUCAAGCUCCUGGCCAUUGAAGUGAACACCCCGGAGAAGUUCAGCUCCACUGCGGAUGUAUUGAUCCAGCUCCUGGACACCAAUGACAAUGUCCCCAAGUUCACCUCUCAUUACUAUAUUGCCAGGAUCCCUGAGAAUGCCCCAGGGGGCUCCAACGUGGUGGCUGUCACAGCUGUGGAUCCAGACACAGGUCCUUGGGGUGAAGUUAGAUACUCCAUCUAUGGGUCGGGGGCCGACCUCUUCCUGGUUCACCCAUCCACUGGGAUCAUCUGCACCCAACCCUGGGCCAACCUGGAUGCUGAGGCCACUGCCAGGUACAACUUCUAUGUGAAGGCAGAGGACAUGGAGGGCAGGUACAGCCUAGCUGAGGUGUUCAUCACUCUGCUGGAUGUCAAUGACCACUAUCCCCAGUUUGGAAAGAGCAUACAGAAGAAGACGAUGGUGCUGGGGACCUCAGUGAAAAUUGAGGCCACAGACCAGGAUGCAGAGGAGCCCAAUAACCUGGUGGACUAUUCCAUCACCCAUGCAGAGCCAGCCAACGUGUUCGACAUUGAUGCAUACACAGGGGAGAUCCGGCUCAAGAACUCCAUCCACUCUCUGGAUUCCCUGAAUAAUGUCACGUGCAACAAGGACUAUACAUGGUCCCUGGAGGUGCAGGCUAAAGACCGUGGCUCCCCAUCCUUCAGUACCACGGCUUUACUCAAGAUUGACAUUAUAGACACUGAGAUGCUGUCCCGAAACCCUAUGGACACCUUCCUAAUGCAGACGAAAGACAAUCCCAUGAAGGCUGUGGGUGUGUUGGCCGGCAUCAUGGCCAUUAUAGUGGCUACUACUGUCCUCAUCUCCACUGCCACCUUCUGGCGCAACAAGAAAACCAACAAGGUCUUGCCAGUGCGGCGUGUGCUCCGCAAGCGGCCCAGCCCUGCACCCCACGCUGUCCAUAUCGAGUGGCUCAAGUUCAACAAGACCAAGGCUGCUGCUAAGUUUCUGCUCAGAGAGGAUCCUCCCAAUGAGAACUGCAACAAAAACAGCCUAGGAAGUCUCCCAGUCCCUAGAGCCCCAGUCCCUCCUCCUCUACCUAGAAUGGUACCCAGCAUGGGUGCAGCCCCCUGGACUGUGCCUACGGUCUCUGGCUCACUCACCCCUCUACAGCCUCAACAGUCAUCCAAACCCAAAGCCUUGGAAAGCCCUAUCCAGUCAGCUCUGGUUUCUGAGCUCAGGCAAAAGUUUGAGAAGAGUGUAGCUAACAAGGCUUAUUUCUAGAGCAUAGCCCCUGACCUCUCUCUUCCCCACCCCAUUUUUCCACUCUCUGCUCCUUAGGGUCACUCCUGUUUUGUACAAUAUAACCCAGGACUGACCCAGACAGUAUUAAGAGGUAGACUGUAAGAAGUCAGGAGCCCAACAAACAGGUCCUUUGCAGUCUAUGAUUCAGGAGAGGGCUGUGCUGGAUCAGGUUUGCCCCCCACAGGAAAUAAAGUAUCCUUCCAAUGUGCAUGCAAUUAAUCUCUCUUUAAAAUUAUAAAUAAAAUCUGCUAACCAACA